UCAGAUGAAAACACGUGUGUCGCCAUUUUUGAUGAAACCGGCUUGAGAAUUGCAUCAAUUACAUAAACAAUGGACCCGCAAAACUUAAAGGACAUGGCUGGAAGACUGAAGUCGGGUGGUAAAGGCUUUGGCAUUGGAGGAGGAUUAGUUGCAGCGGUUGCCGCAGCUGCAUAUGGGCUGUCAAAGUCCCUUUACACAGUGGAUGGUGGUCACAGAGCAAUUAUAUUCAGCAGAAUUGGUGGUGUACAACAGAAUAUUUACAAAGAAGGCCUACAUUUCAGGGUACCAUGGUUUCAGUGGCCCAUUAUAUAUGAUAUCAGGUCCAAACCAAGAAAACUUACUUCACUUACUGGAAGCAAAGAUUUACAGAUGGUGAACUUGUCAUUAAGAGUGUUGGCUCGUCCAGAUGAAAGAUUGCUACCACAGAUGUACCAAGAACUAGGCCUUGAUUAUGACGAAAGGGUUCUGCCAUCAAUAUGUAAUGAAGUUCUUAAAAGUGUUGUUGCCAAAUUUAAUGCCUCACAGUUGAUCACAAUGAGACAGCAGGUCAGUAUAAUGAUCAGAAACGACCUGGUAGAAAGGGCACGAGAUUUCCACAUUAUUCUAGACGACGUCUCCAUCACAGACCUCACAUUUAGUAAAGAAUAUGCUGCAGCUGUUGAAGCUAAACAGGUGGCCCAACAAGAUGCCCAGAGAUCUGUGUUCUUUGUAGACAGAGCCAUACAAGAAAAACAACAGAAAAUUGUUCAAGCAGAGGGAGAAGCCAAGGCUGCUGAACUUAUAGGAAAAGCUUUAAGCUUAAAUCCUGGAUAUUUAAAACUGCGAAAAAUACGAGCAGCACAAAAUAUAGCAAGAACAGUUGCCAAGUCACAGAACCGUGUAUAUUUGAAUGCUGGAACAUUGAUGUUGAACAUCCAGGAGGAAGAAUUUGAUAGAUCUAGUGAAAGCCUCGCGAAAAAGAAAAAGUGAAACUUUCUUAAACUAUAAAAACAAUAUAUCAUAUUAAUGAAACCAUGAUCAAUGAAAACUGUAAAACUUUUUACAUCUUUAUGAAACAGACAAGAAUGCAUAGUGAAAACGGAGUUGUGGGAAUUAAAGUUGAGGUUCUUCGAAGAAAAAGUUUUAUAUCUUUGUAUCUUAAUAUUUGUGCUGGUUCAAAUAUUUAUUCCUUAUUACAAUUACAGAAAAAAAAACUGAAAAAAAAUCUGGGCCUGUAAAUCUUACAGAAGUUCUUUAUUCCAGAUACUGUGCCAACUAGUGAUCAUAGAAUCACUAGGAAGGUAACAAUAUGUUUGUUGUAACGAUGGUUGUUGCUCUAAGAAGGGUGAUUUAAUAAGACUGAACCUGUCUUAGUGGCCACCUGUAUUAAGCAACUACUCGCCUUAAGCAGCCAAUCAGCUUACUUCCUAAAUUGUCUUUUUAUUUUUUACUUGAACAUGUCUUCAGGUAGUUCUACAUGUUGAACGACAAAUUAUACACGUACAUGCAUUAGAAUUGGGAAAUUUAAAAGUAGCGUUUACUUAAUAUGAAGAAAUGCAUUGAAUUGAAUGCGAGUCGUUUUCUUUAAGAAAUUUAUCGAAUAGACAUUAAAUUUUCAGUGUCCAUUCAGAACAGUCCUGUUAAAGUUUUGCAUUUUAUUUGUGUAGAUUUAACAGUAUAAGGAAACUGAAAUGCACAUUAAAACUUUUUUGAGAUGCAUAGAACUAUGAACAAGAACUCUACAUGUGAAAUUAGCUAUUUUCAUAACUAUUGAAUGCUUUAUAUUGUAUUGUUUUGCGAGUUCAGAUCUUCAAAUCUGAUGAAAAAUUGUUACAAGAUGCACAUUAUGAAAAUUUAUUACUUUUGAGAGAGAGAGAGAAAUAAAAGCUGUGUGAUAAAUAAAGAGUAUUGAUAUACUA